AUGCUGUCUUCGAAUAUCGACGGGUACUGGGACAUUGUGGUGACAUCGUUCCAGGACAUCUGCAAUUCCAAUGAAUCCUUGACGUUUGAUAAUCUUUAUGGGAAAUUACUUCAGGAUCCAAGCAACAAGAUAGAUAACAAAAGUGCCGACGAGUUGAUACAGACGAAAGAGGAGAUCCAAGACCACAAGUCGAAUAUAGAAACAGCGAAAAGGCUUGUUGGGACAUCUCAGCAGAACUUGCAAACGUUGAUAUCGCUAAUUGAAAAACGAAACGCUUCAGGAUCAAAAGAAGUCUCUAGUAAAUCGGCAUUACAAGACGAGGAAGAAGAGGAGGAAGAGGAUGAAAGACCGCUAGGCCGCAAUGAAAGUGCAAGACGGGGUCUGGGUAAAAAGGGAGUCACUGCAUCAACCACUAGAUCAUCAUCCAAAUCAUCUGGUAUGAUUGGUAAUGGUGCCAGUGGGAAACAAGGAGGUAAACUCAAUAAUAAAUUGAAAAAUACUAAGAAACUGGGAAGAUCUUAUUACACUUCCAAGUUUAAUCCUCUGGAACCGAUUCUCGUUGGAUCAGAAGUGGCUUAUAAGUUGAAAAACCGCCAUUUUGAAGAAUGGAUUCAGUGUGAGGUCAUGAGAGUUAUUGGUGAUGGUAUCAAGUUUGAAAUCAGAGAUCCCGAACCAGAUGAAAAUAAUAACCCUGGUCAAACUUUCAAAGCUAACUAUAAAGAGAUCUUAUUAAUACCAAAAAUUGAUGAAGUGCCUGACUUAGCAAGCUAUUCUUACGGUACCAAAGUUCUCGCUCGUUAUCCUGAAACUACUACAUUCUACCCUGCAAUUGUCGUUGGUGAACGUAAAGACCGUUCUGUUAGAUUAAAAUUCGACGGUGAAGAAGAAGUAAACAAAGAGACCGAAGUCGAAAGACGCUUGGUUCUACCAUUCCCCGAGAAGUAA